AAUGAAAUCUUUGCAUUUCUUAUCAAUCUUAUGCCUUGUUUUAAGUCUGGAGAGAUUUCAAUGUCAAGUUGUUAUUAAUGAAUUAGAUCUGAAUCUUAAUUACAUUGAACUUAGAAAUUUGAACUCUGCUCCUUUUACCUUUGAUGGGCAAAGUGUGAAACUUGCUUCCUAUUCGCCUGGGCCUACAUAUGAAUCAUCAGCUAUCCUGACUGGAUCAAUUGCUGGAAAUGGAAUAGUUAAAUAUGAUAUCAAUGGAGCAAAAAAGAGAAGGAAGAGAAGCCCUGGUGGUUCUAUUGCACUUAAUAUUGGUACUGAUGCUAGCAGAUAUAUACUUAUAUAUAAACAGGGUGAAUCAGUGAAUUGGGAUAGUUUAGUUUUUAAAACAUCUGAAAGUGCCAGUGGAACAGUAUUCACUGCAAAUGCAAAUGAAUGGGAUAACAAGUACUUAUUAUAUUCACCUGGUAAAGUAUUUGUUAGAAUUGCAGAUAGUUCAGAUUCCCCUGAAAGUUGGGAAAUAAGAGAUGUAGGAACACCUGAUGCUCCAAAUGACGGACAAAUAAGACUGAAAAAGUUUGCUAUGACGCUUAAUGUUAAAAUCUCUAGGAGAGAAACAGACUUGACAGGAAAAUAUUUGGACAUUUCAUUUGAUAAUAUCACUCCAACUAAUGACAGAUAUUAUGGCAUAAUUGGUCAUGUGGGACACCAGCCAAUAGCAUUUAUGGAUCUAAUUCAAGAAGAUGACAAGACUACUGUAGUAAAGAUGAAUAAUUCUCUAUUUAAUGCUAAAAAGCUAACAAGAUAUGAAAAUGAAUGUUGGUUAAUUAAAUUUGAAGAUCUAAUUGCACCAAAAGUUCCACAAGACUUUGUAAACUGA